UGCGGCAACGAGAUGUCACGGUGUUCUACGCUGCGCAGUCUGCUGUUUCUUGCGACAUGCACUAUGACCUCAGCGCACGCCGCGCGGGUCACGCCGCCGCGCCGCAGGGGGCUGGACACGACGCGCCUGGCCAACGCCGUCGUGGACGAGACGCUGCGCGUGUUCCGGCUGAACGCGGCGCUGGUGGAGCGGCUGACGCCGCUGCGCGUCCCGGGCGAGCUGCGCUUCCCGGGCGGCCGCGUGCACGACGUGCGCGUGCUCGGGCUGCCCGCGCUGGAACGCCGCGGGGACGCGGCCGCGUCGCUCAGCGGCGGCGUGCUCGCCCUGUCGGGCGGCCUGGGCCUCGACGAGCUGCUCGUGCAGGGCCGCUACGGCGCCGGCCCGCGACAGCCCCUGCAGCUGGCCGGCGAGAUCGACGCGCGCGUCACCAACCUCACUGCCGGCGUGCAGCUCGCCGUCAACGUGGCGCGGGCCAGCGCUGUCCUCGACGUGUUCGAGGUGCCCGCCCGUUCGCACCGAUCGCGCGGGCCCCGCUGCGACGUGCGCUAGCUGAACCACUGCACUGCAUCGUGGUUGAACCGCAACUCAUUUUAGGCUCACGCAAAGCCUUCCUUUCUUUUUUUAUCGUAAUUAUUAAACGAUGCAUCUUUUUUUUUGUCUUGCUGCAUGCCCGACGUAGUUCCGUGCGCAGAUCGAUCUGCAACUGCAAGCAUUUUUCUUUUGUUUUGUAAGUUUUCCGUACGCUUCAUGCCAUUUUAAAAAUUUUACUUCCUUUUCUUAUGUGCGCACUGAAUGCGCCUAGCCCCAAACUGAAGGCUGACUUCCAUUCGCUACAGCACAGCAAGGUUUGC